GUACUCGUAUAAAUCAAUAUGCUUUUCAACUUGUACAUAUAAAUUCAUGUAUCAUGUUGCAGCAGCAGGUACAUAUACUUAAACGAGAAAAGCAACAAAGCUCAGUCUGUUUAAUUAAUUUCAGCAAAAAAAAAAAAUGAAACUAAAUAUAGGGGGGAAAGUUCUGUUUGUGUUGCUGAUAUUUAAUGGAAGAUCCAAUCCUAGUAUUCUUGCGACGAAACAAAUUCAUGACACCUUUUCGUAUCUGUGCCAAGAUCAAAUGGUUAAAGUAGACUCGAACAUAUAUCAUAUGGAUAGAUUGAAUGCAUCGUUGAAGUCGGAGUAUUUCGAGAAAUUAUUCACCUCCGAAGAUUUUAAACGGAAAAAUGAUCCAAUUAUAGAGGUACAGCCGCUCAACAGUGAAGUAUUUCCUGCAAUACUUGAAAUAAUUAAUGGAAAAGAAAUACGAGAUGUUUUAUUCAAGCCAUAUAACUGUUUUUCAUUACUAAAGGAGAUGAAUCAUUUCGGAAUGAAAAUAGAUUUGCAAUGUUUUAGUGAUUGGAUGCAAUACUUUUUAAAAGACGCAGAAGUAUGCGAACUGUACGCUUUCGUCACUCAGAAUAACCAGCAAUUUGGGUAUUUAUUGAAAAGUGUUUUGAAAUGUUUAUCAGAUAACUUGCACGUAUUACAAAAUCACGAAAUACUUUCGUCUGACAUGCCACUCGAUCACCUUAUUCGAAUAAUUGAGAAUAUUCAAUUCCCGAAUGAAAACACAACACACUACGUCACUCAACUGUGUUCUAAUUGGCUCUGUCACGACAUGAAAAAUAGACUUCCACGCAUGGGACAGCUCGCGAGAAAGACUAAAUCGUUAUAUCGUGGUUCAGAAGAUAUGUAUACGUAUUUCAGCAAAUGUUUAACAUCAUGCAAUCUAGAUAAGCAGGCGAGACAAGAAAUGAUUUCGACAUGUUUUUCUGCAUUGGUGGCAAAUGCUGGCUACCCUUAUGAUACAACACCUGAGUACAGCUAUGACAGCUGUGAUAGAUAUUAUUCUCGUGUCGAUCCAAGAAGUGGAAGUGAAACAGAAACUGAGGAAUACGAGAAAUAUGUAAAUGAUCGAAACGAUUGUGACAAAUUGAAUGAAUUCCGAAAAAAUGGCGAGUUGUACGACAUCACAGUGCGAGUUGGAGAAAAAACAUAUAAACUUCAUCGACAUGUUUUAGAAUCAAAAUCAGGUUACUUUAGAGACAUUUUUCAGGCUGAGUAUGCAGAGGCAACCACUCAAUGCGGUGGAACUCCGACGACUUGUCCAAGUAAAGAUAAGGAGUAUUUACUCAGUGAUGAAAUAGAUCCAACGACGUUUGAAGACGUAUUAAAUGGUUUAUACGGGUAUAAUAAGGUUUAUACGAUAUUUAAAAGAUUUGAAUACAAAUGGUUUAUGAUCGCACAAUUUUUAAAAAUCACCCAAAUGUUACAACUUCACGAAUUAUUGGAUGACAGCAUACGCGAUUUGAAUGAGGAGCAUCAAAUAUGGAGUUCGCAAGAUGAUGAGCGGAUUUUGAAUUUUGCCCAUGGAGUACCAGAAUACGACGAUUUGUAUGCUCUUCAUUUAAGCAAACAUUUGGCAAAAAACUGGCCCAAUAUCCGCAACAUGUCGCAAUUUUGUACUAUAUCAUGGCCUGUGUUGAAGAAAAUGCUGAAUUCAUCGUAUUUUCGAUUCGACGAUCCGCAUAAAGUCUUGGACAUUUGUUCGAAAUGGACGUGUCACGAUGUGAGAAGCCGGUACCGAUUUUUACCUCAGAUCGGCCGAAUUAUAAAUCCUCUUUGUGUCGUAAAAGAUGACGACUAUACAACUUACGCCGUUGCAGAUUUCAACACUUCGCCGGAGAAGUUUGUUCGAGACGAAUUAUGGAAAAUUCUGUCGUCACCUCCUCACAUUAUUUCUUCGGAAAAAUACUUCAAAAAUACGUCGAGGAAACUGGAAGAAAUACCAGUGUUUAUCUCAGUCAUGAAGGAAAAAAAUAUAAACGUACUUAAUACCGAUCUAGAUGUGAUCACAUCAAUUAAUAAUUGUGGACCUAUCUACUCAGUUUGGAAGUCAUCGUCAACAGGACAGAACGACCCAUUUUUGGCAACUCUUAUCAACGAUAAUUUAUUUAUUCUUUCCAACUAUGGCGGUUCUUAUAAGUUUAUGGUUUACAAUUUUUUUCUGAAAACAUACAUUCAACUGCACUGCGAUCUACCUAGACCUAGUGUUUUUCUCCGACGGAAUGGCCCUUUUUACACUUUAUUGAAUUGUAAUAACGAUGUUUAUAUUUGCUCAAAUUAUGGUCGAAUAGCAAAAUAUUCGAUGCAAUUCGACCUCUGGACGACACUCAUAAAGCAGGAUCCACACUCGUAUAAAGAAAAUCUUCACUACACAAGUGAUGGAAAAACGCUUUAUAGGAUUUAUGUAAUCCCGGGAACGCUCUACCAGUACGGUGUGGAGGAGUUGGAUUUGACAAGAUAUUCCUGGAAUCGUGUGCCAGGUUCACCGUUGACGACGUUGACAAAAUAUUUCUACCCAAAUCCUACUUGUUUCAGCAUGAUUAACGAUCGUGAUUUCGUUAUAUUUGUAGAUGAUGAUGUAAUUACAUCAAACCGAGAUGUUACAGGUAAAGAAUGGCAUUGGAGUUAUCACAAGAUACCAAAUACUAAUAAACGAAUAUUCAGCUUUGCGCAGUAUGAAGAUAAGCUGUUGGUAUUAACCAACGAUGAUUGUUACCGCUAUUACGCCAACAACGGAAGUUUUGAAUUCAAGAAAGCUAUUCCAGAAGAUUUACGUUUUGGUGGUCCUAUUGUGACGAUUGGUAGACAUGUGCAUGCCGACACAAUUGAGGAGCUCAUUGCAAAAGUAGCCCUUGUCACAUGAACCUAUGCAAUCUCCAAAGCUCUCCCUUGAGCGUACCCAGUAUCAUGAAUGUAAACUCUAUAAAGCAAUUCCUCUCAGGGCUACUCAGGGUAGACUAACUUGACGGUCAUUUCAUCAUUACAACAUGAUCUCCGCAGUUGGCAAUAGGUGCAAUCGAGUAAAACGUGUCUAAAAGUUCAUGUGACAAGGGCUACUUUUGCAAUGAGCUCCUCAAUUAAGCAGGUCAGCAACUCUGUGUCAUUAUAAAAGUACGCAUAUGUUGCGGGAAAAACUGUGGGUAUUUGAUUUGUGAUAUUUUUCCGAUUUUUGUACGCAUUGUUGUCUUGCUGGGCCAAUAAACCAUGAUCAAUGCAAAUA